CUUGUAAAAGAUGGCCGAGAACAUGUUUCUGUACUGGGGGUCGGGGAGCAUCCCCUGCUGGAAGGCCAUGAUCGUUCUGGAGGAGAAGGGAUUUGGGGGAUACAAGAACAAACUGAUUCAAUUCAGUAAGCAGGAAAAUAAGGGACCAGAUGUUCUAAAACUUAAUCCCCGGGGUCAGGUGCCCGUAUUCAAAGAUGGCGACAUAGUGGUGAACGAAUCUAGUGCCGUAUGUGAUUACUUAGAGAGUACCUACAAAGAUAAGGGAACUCAACUUAUUCCGUCCGACAAAGCCAAGAGAGCCAUGGUUCUUCAGCGCAUGCACGAGGCCUCUAACAACAUGCAGCAGAAAUUGAUGAUGGAUCUACUGUUUUAUUUCUUUCAAACCAAAGAAGAAGAUCGAAAGCCGGAAGACUUGAAAAAGAAGGGAGAAGCUCUGAAAGAGGAACUACAGAGAUGGGAAGGCUACUUAGAGAAGACUAAAGCUUUCGUGGCUGAUUCCAAUUUUACAAUGGCUGAUGUCAACUUUUACCCAUUCCUCGCCUUCGGUAAACGCUGGGGACUGGAACUUGACAAAUUCCCUAAUUUGAAGACCUAUUAUGACAAAAUGUCAGCUCGUCCUAGUGUCAAGUCUACCGAACCACCUCAUUGGAAGGAAGAUCCACCAAAGGCCACCCCUCUUAAAGGCAUCUUCUGAACUCGUAGUUUACCUCCUUAAAAAUAACAAAAUAUUACGUAAAAAAUUUCUAUGU